ACCCCGACGCCGUCCAUCUGAGCGCCGUCGCCGCGCUGCGGACCUGCGGUGCCCCCCCGGAGUUGGGCUCCGCUAGGCCGCUGUACCGCCCGUCCCCGUCCUCCAGCACAGCUGCAGCGUGGUCUGGCAGGCAGCGCCCCUGCCCCUGCGCAAGUGGCCAGGGCCCGCCUUCCGACGCCGCUGCUCUAGUGCCCUGCAUCUGCUCCUGCUGCUCUACCUCUGCUAACUGUCGACUGCUGCUCUGCGUAUCUCUGCGAAGAAAGCAAAGGAGAGGCCAUGGAUGACGAUAAGCAAAUGGCUAGCGGCGACGAGGAUCCCCAUUCUGUUGCGCCCUAGUGCUCCGCUCCAGCAUUUCCUCCUGUGUCCAUAAGCUCCGCUCUGUUUUGGGCCCUUCGACUUGAAGAAGAAGGAUCCCCUCCUCCCCUCCCUGCACCUCGCCAAGAGGUGGGAUGGUCUCAAGGAUGGGCAUGCGUACUGCCACCUGAGGUGGUGUUUGACACGCGGUUCACAAGCUCUGCCUCUCUUGCCAUUCCAUCUCCGCAUCGCCUCUCCCAUUCCAUCUCUACAUCAUCUCUCCCAAGCCUCUGCCAUUCGCAGCCACGGUCACUGUUGCCCGCGGUGGUUUAUUUCCUAGCUCUGACCAGGAUUGUCUUCGUGAGCUGGAAGGGGUUGCCAUUUGCCAAGGAGGCAAACGGAUGGCGGCCCGGCACCUCUUCCUCCAAAGUUGCCGCAUCUACUCUACCUCAGCCUCAGCUGAGGACAUGGUCAUCUCCUCCCUCCGCUUCCUCCCCUCCCCUACCAUUACCAAUCCACCUCCAAUCCCUACUAUUCUUCAUUCUACCGACUCUCCUCCUGACCCCCAUCCACCGCUUACCUCCAUGCUCCUAUCUGCCGCAGAUCGCCUCCGUGGGGUCUUCCUCCGCAAGCCCCCUGGGCGCACUGCGCUCCACCAGGCGCUAUCCUCAACAGGCAUUGGUGCUGCCAUGGCGCUCUCACCAGAUGUUCUUGCCAAUGUUGUCAACGCCGGCGACCUCAGUGGUGCCGCUACUGUCACUUUCUUCGAUUGGGCGGUCACUAAUUCCAAGCCUCCCCCAUCCGUCCACACCUGCAACAUUGUCAUCAGGGCAUUGGGGAGGAAGAAAUUCUUUGAUUUUCUGGAUGAUGCCCUUCAGAUCAUGCGCAGAAACAACAUCUUUCCAGACCUGACCACGCUGGAGAUCAUCAUUGAUAGCCUAGUUGCCGCCAGGCAUGUCAGUAGGGCUGUUGAGGUGCUCAGUACUGAUCAAUUUGGAUUUGGGAUUGGGAAAGCUUGCCACAAAAAGGAGGCAUUUACUGUCCUCAUCAGGUGUCUUUGCCGGAGGUCACAUGUUGGCCUUGCUAGCUCACUCUUGCAAGCUGCUCGUAAGGAGUUGCUUGGUCUUGAUUGCAAUGUGUACAAUGAUGUUAUGGGUGGCUGGGCGAGGUUUGGGAGUGUUGAUAAAUUGCAGGAGGUUUGGACAAAGAUGCAGGAGGAUGGGCUGGUUCCAAAUGAGGUUUCACAUUGCCAUCUAAUUGAGGGAUUGGGUAGAGCCGGGCAGACUGAAGAUGCACUCAGGGAGUUUGAGAAUAUGGUACAUGAGAGAUAUGGUCCAACUACGAUGGCCUACAAUGCACUUAUUUUCAAUUUUAUUUCAGUUGGGGAUUUGGACAGUUGCAUCAAGUAUUACAAGGAUAUGUUGGAAAAGAACUGUCCCCCAAACAUUGACACGUACUCCAAGAUGGUUAAAGCCUUUUUGAAAGGUCGCAGGGUAGCUGAUGCACUCCAAAUGUUUGAUGAUAUGUUAGUCCAAGGAGUUCUGCCAAAUACUGGGAUGAUAACAUCAUUUAUCAAUCCAUUGUGUACAUUUGGACCGCCUCACGCUGCUUUGAUGAUAUACAAAAAGAGUAGGAAGGCUGGUUGUGUAAUAUCCUUGAAAGCUUAUAAGCUUUUGCUAGAAAGGCUCGCUAAAUUUGGGAAGAGUGGAAUUGUUUUGGACAUUUGGGAAGAGAUGCAGGAGUGCGGAUAUCAACCUGAUAAGGAGAUUUACGAGUUUAUUGUAAAUGGGCUUUGCAAUGUGGGUAAGGUUGAUGCUGCUGUGUCUGUGGUGGAGGAAUCACUUAGGAAUGGCUUCUGUCUUGGGAGAGUUGUUUACAGCAAACUGAACAACAAGCUUUUGGAGAUGGACAAAGUUGAGACCGCAUAUAAUUUGUUCAAGAAAGUCAAACAUGCGCGUGCACUUACUAAUUCACGCAAUUAUUGUCGUGCUAAUGGUUGGCAUUCCUGAGCAUAACCAGUUUGUAUGUGGGUGGUAAACCAACAGAAGAGUUGCAGAUCUAGUCCGCAUUGAGGAAUGCAGUUUACAUGCAUAAACAGAAGAGCAUAACCAGUUUGUGGAUGCCAAGUGCCAGCUGCCCAGCUCACAUCCUGCAGCCAGCAUCAAGUGGCCUAGCAAUUCAAGUUGGCCAGGACGGCGAUGGAGGAUGUGAGCUGCAGCACCUGAAGGUCAAAAUGGUAGCUGGCGAUGAUGUUCAAUGUAAUCUUCUAUAUGGACAUUUGUUACGCAUGAGGAAAUAUUAUUCUGCACUAGUAUUCAGGAGAUAAAGCUCAUGGACACCCGGAGAUAAAGCUCAUGGACACCCUUCGCCUUUGCCACAGGAUGGGAUUUUUCGCUUUCACAAGCACGCAGCAUUGACUAUGGACUGCUCUGACUGGUACGUCAGCAUGUUUUGAUGAAUAUUGAAUGUAGCUCGUGUGGCCAUUCCUUGCUUUGAUAAAUGACAUGAUUUAUUAUUUGCUUCACGUUGGAGAGAAGGUAGCUUCAAACAAGACUUAAUCGUCUCCUUCGUCUUCAAUGACUUGAUUCUUGUUCAAUGGGAAUUCACAGCACAAAUCAUGGUUAGUCAGGUCGUUGUGACGAGCUGUAAAGAGGAGUUCUAUAAUGAUUGCGUCUCAGGCAUAUUUAAAUCAGAGAAGAUGAAUUGCAUGUUUCUUCUCUCGGUUAUGUUUCUUACUGAUGUAAAUUUAACUUUUUUUUUCCAAGUAGAUGAUUGAAACUCUAUCCAAAAAAAAGAAGAAGAUGAUUGAAACAAAUAUAUACUCUGUUUCCAGUCCAAUUAUUAGCUGCAGCUGCUCC